AUGAAGGAAACAGAUCAAGUUAUUCAUAGUGAGAUGUACAGAAAGGACAGUAGUUUUUCACAUUAUCUUUCUGCUGUGUAUGCUCAUAAUCAGCUUGCUAAGAGAAAGCAGUCGUGGGAGGACAUACAAGCAUUUGGAAACAUCACUGAUAUAAUUGGAGGCAAUGAGGUACACCAUAAUGAAUAUUGUGAUUUGGAGAAUAUGAUGGAUGCUACUGGUUUACAUGAACAUGAAACAGUGGGGAACUACUACACAUGGUCAAACAAACAUACUACUAGAAUUAUCUAUUCAAGGAUAGAUAGAGCUAUAUGCAACACAGAGUGGUUCCUACAUUUUUCCACCCGUGAAGUAAAGAUUUUAAAUCCUCACAUAUCUGACCAUUCACCCUUACCAGUGAAAAUGCAGGGUGUCUAUACUAAGGGACAAAGAGGGAGAUAUAGAUUCAGAUUCUUGAAUUGUAUCACUGAGAAAUCCCAGUACAAUACUAUAGUGAAGACCAGUUGGGGGCAAGAUGAGCAGAGUAGACCAAUGUACAAGUUGUGGAGGAAACUCAUGAGGCUCCAGCCAGACCUUAGGAAACUUACCAAAGAGGUAACAAGAGGGGUUCAGAAAAUCCAGGAUAGUAGAGAAAUGUUGGAUCAGGCUCAGAAAGCUCUCUCUGAUGAUAUGUUCAAUCAACAGCUCAUUGAUAAUGAGAAAUUCUGGUGUGAAGAGGUUAUCAAAAAUACUAAACUUGAAGAAAUUUUUUUGCUGCAGAAGUCAAAAAUUGAAUGGCUCAAGUUAGGUGAUGGUAACAACCAAUACUCCUUUGCAAACCUCAAGGAGAAAAACAGGCAAACCUCAUUACACAAAUUAGAAGACAAUAAUGGGAGGAUUCUAACUAAGUUUAAAGAUAUGGAAAAUAAGAUUAUUAACUUCUAUGGAGAGCUGAUUGGAACUGCAUCCCCAACACUCCUCCAUGUUGAUAUAGAGGCUCUUAGAAGAGGAAGACAACUUCCAAUGGAGAAACACAACUGCCUUAUCAAACCAGUCACUGAGACAAAAAUUUGGCAAGCACUUCAAAGUAUUGGAGACAAUAAAGCUCCUGGGGCAGAUGGAUUGUAUAAACUUAUCUCAAAAAUCUCGACUUCAAGACUGAGUAAAGUUAUCAGUGAUGUUGUUGAUGACAGUCAGUCAGCCUUUGUCCCUGGCAGAACAAUCCAAGAUAACAUUAUAGUGGCUCAUGAGUUGAUUAGAGGAUACAACAAGAAACACCUUUCUCCAAGAUGCACAAUUCAAAUGGACAUGCAUAAAGCAUAUGAUACCGUUGAAUGGAUAGCCCUUGAGAAUAUUAUGAAAGAACUGAACUUCCCUCAGCAAUUCAUUGAUUGGAUAAUGGUGUGCAUUGAAACUGUCUCCUAUAGAUACACCAUAAAUGGGCAACCUAGCAGAAUUAUCAAGGCAAAGAGAGGGCUUCAACAGGGUGAUCUCAUUUCACCAUUUCUUUUUGUAUUGAUUAUGGAAUAUCUUCACAGAUGUAUGGCAAAGCUUCAGGAUAAUUCAGAAUAUAAGUACCACCCCAAAUGUGCAAAAAUGAGAAUAACCAAUAUCUGUUUUGCUGACGAUCUCCUGUUAUUAUGA